CUAAGGUUAAACUUAAAACCCCAGGUUAUCCAUGGAAAUCUGUCCUGCCUGAUGAGUGACGAUGAAGCUGAUGAGCAGAGCCCAGCUACCGGGCUGCGUGCUGGCGCUUCGCUUCCUGGCCCUGGUUCUCCCUGGCAUCCCUGGGGCCAGGGCUCUGGACAAUGGCUUGGCGAUGACCCCUACCAUGGGCUGGCUGCACUGGGAGCGCUUCAUGUGCAACACUGACUGCCAAGAAGAUCCGGAUUCCUGCGUCAGUGAGAAGCUCUUCAUGCAGAUGGCAAAGCUCAUGGACUCAGAUGGCUGGAAGGAUGUAGGUUAUGAGUACCUCUGCAUUGAUGACUGUUGGAUGGCUCCCCAAAGAGAUUCAGAAGGCAGACUUCAGGCAGACCCUAAACGCUUUCCUGGUGGGAUCCGCCACCUGGCUGAUUAUGUCCAUAGCAAAGGACUGAAGCUAGGAAUUUAUGCAGAUGUUGGAAGGCAAACCUGUGCAGGCUUCCCUGGGAGUUAUGGAUACUAUGACAUUGAUGCGGAGACGUUUGCUGAGUGGGGAGUAGAUCUGCUAAAAUUUGAUGGUUGUUACUGUGACAGUUUGGAACAUUUGGCAAAUGGUUAUAAGUACAUGUCCUUGGCCCUGAACAGGACUGGCAGAAGCAUUGUGUAUUCCUGUGAGUGGCCGCUUUAUAUGUGGCCCUUUCACAAGCCCAAUUACACAGAAGUCCGAGAAUACUGCAAUCACUGGAGAAAUUUUGCUGACAUUUAUGAUGCUUGGCAAAGUGUCAAGAGUGUCUUGGACUGGACAUCUUCUAACCAGGAGAGAAUUGUUGGUGUCGCAGGACCAGGGGGUUGGAAUGACCCAGAUAUGUUAGUGAUUGGCAACUUUGGCCUCAGCUGGGAUCAGCAGAUAACUCAGAUGGCCCUCUGGGCUAUCAUGGCAGCUCCAUUAUUUAUGUCCAAUGACCUCCGACAGAUCAGCCCUCAAGCCAAAGCCCUCCUUCAAGAUAAGGAUGUAAUUGCCAUCAACCAGGACCCCUUGGGCAAGCAGGGGUACCGGCUUAGAAAGGAAGACAACAUUGAGGUGUGGGAACGCCCUCUCUCGGACUUAGCCUGGGCUGUGGCUAUGGUAAACCUGCAGGAGAUUGGUGGACCUCGUUCUCAUACCAUCUCUAUUGCUUCCCUGGGUCGAGGACUGGCUUGUCUUCCUGACUGCCUGAUCACAGAGCUCCUUCCUGUGAAGAGAAAACUUGGGUUUUAUGAAUGGACUUCAAGUUUAAAAACUCGAAUAAAUCCCACAGGCACUGUUUUGCUUCGGCUAGACAGAACAAGCUAGACCAUAUAAAAAACCUUCCUUUAAAGUGUGUAUUUUGUUGCCCAAGUCACUACCUGACUUCUACCUUUUCUUCCAUUCCCACUUCAGCUGUUCUAUUUCCUUGAAUAAAAUUUUCCACAGGUGA